GGAGACGAACAAAGGUAGGGACCGCUCGCUGGCUAGGAGCUUUUCGGAAUCUGUUGAUGAAAACAUUAUGCUCGUUGCUGUACUAAGCGAUGAAUAAAGAGUUACAAAUGAGGGCUGCAAUAAACCAGAAGUUAAUAGAGAUGGGAGAAAGGGAGCGGUUAAAGGAGCUGCUCAGAUCCAAACUCAUCGAGUGUGGUUGGAGAGAUCAAUUGAAAGCACACUGUAAAGAAGUCAUCAAGGAGAAAGGGAUUGAGAAUGUGACUGUAGAAGACUUGGUGGCUGGAAUCACUCCUAAAGGAAGAGCGCUGGUGCCUGACAGUGUGAAGAAGGAGCUUUUGCAAAGAAUAAGAGCUUUCUUAUCCCAGCACUCUACAUGAUGCUGAGGGAAUGUCGCCCUAUGCCAAUUGAAAUGCCACAAUGCUUGCUGUAAAAUUGUAUGAUUUUUUUUUAAUUAUUAUUGUUUUUAAUCAGGUCAUGUGCUGCCUUGUUGAUUGGUAAAGAAAUAAAAGCAAAUCAGGUGAAUAAGUUUUCUGUUAAAACAAUAAAGUUUGUAUAUAAUCA